UCGUGUUAUGGUCGUAUUUAUGUUUUUCUCCAAGGCGGCACGCAGGAAUCAAUCAUACUUUGACUGCAACAAUCAAAAGGAGCGACUUAAUCUUCGAUAUUGUGGGUGGUGUUAGCCUGUGGGCUAGCUCACAAUUGACAGCUAGUUAGCUUUUUAGAAAGCUGCUGGCUUAGCUAACUACUGUUAGACACAAGACUUGUGGUCGCAGCUAGAGGCAGCCUGACGUUAUUUGAUAGCUCUUGGGUGAAGUAGCCAUGGCAACCAGGCGCCUGACUGAUGCCUUCUUAUUAAUGCGGAAUAAUGCAAUCCAAAACCGGCAGAUUUUGGCUGAGCAAGUGAGUACAUAUGAGCCCCGUCGUACUCUGAGUACACGUAGCAAUGCUGCGGAGUUUGAUGAGUUGGCAGAUGACCGCAUGGCCCUGGUCUCUGGCAUCAGUCUGGACCCUGAGGCAGCUGUCGGCGUCACUAAGAGGCUCUCCCCUAAAUGGGUGGAGGGCGUGGACGAGAUCCAGUAUGAAAUCACACGGAUCAGGCAGAAGAUGAAGGAGCUGGCCAGUCUCCACGACAAACACAUGAACCGGCCCACGCUGGAUGACAGCAGUCAGGAGGAGCAUGCCAUCGAGAUCACCACACAGGAAAUCACACAGAUGUUCCACAGGUGUCAGCGUGCGGUGACGGGGCUGCAGGCGCGCUCUGGCCACUGCACUGAGCAGGAGGACAGGCUGCUGAGGAACGUCGUCUCCUCUCUCGCCCAGAACCUCCAACAGCUCUCCAUCAGCUUCAGACACACACAGUCCAGUUAUCUCAAACGCAUGAAGAACCGUGAGGAGCGAUCAAAGCACUUUUUUGACUCUGGACCUCUCAUGGAGGAGGAUGAAGACAUGUCUCUGUAUGACAAGGGUUUCACGGAUGACCAGUUGGUGCUGGUGGAGCAGAACACAGUGCUGGUGGAGGAGCGAGAGAGAGAGAUCCGGCAGAUUGUUCAGUCCAUCUCUGAUCUCAAUGAGAUCUUCAGAGACCUGGCUGGAAUGGUGGUGGAACAGGGCACAGUUUUGGACAGAAUUGACUUCAAUGUGGAACAAGCAUGUGUGAAAACAGAGGACGGGCUGAAACAACUACAGAAGGCCGAACAGUAUCAGAAGAAAAAUCGCAAGAUGCUGGUCAUUUUAAUCUUGUUUGUUAUAGUGGUAGUUCUAAUAAUUAUCCUGUUCGGGACAAAGUUCCGCUAGCAUUCCAUUUUUUGCUGGACCUCUGUGUUUGUCUACUUGUGUAGAGAAGUGAGUGUGUUGGGGCCUGAUCUGUUCUCUCAAACAAAGCUAUCCGUGUUUUAAAAAAAUACAAUCCAAUGCUACAAAAAAGCAAACAAACAAAAAAAGCAGAACUGUCUAGCCUCCGUUUUCAACAGUCUGUGGAGCUGUUACAUGUGCAUGAUCCCAAAGAGGGAGAGGAGAGAGUUUUUUCCCUUGUGGUUGCCUUAGUAACAGGCACAGUCAUUCAAUUCAGACACACCUACACAUGUUCCUCUGACUCCAACAAACACACACCACACAUACUUCAUGGACUGUCCAUCUGGGGGGCACACACUACUUUGCAUCUGUCAAACUCCACAUCCUCUUGUUUUUCCUCACAAACCAGUGCUUUUUGAUGUGCGGGAAAGGCAGUACUUGUGUGGAAUUUCUUCAGUCUGCUGAAGUUCCUGUCCUCUGUGUGCUGGCAUGGUUUACUCUGUCAGUCAGUGUGAGCCAAAAACACACAGUCUCCUGACGGGACUGAGGGACUGUGGAUUUAUAAAAGAGGAAGACAUGAUCAGCUGAUAUGCUCUCACGUCCACUCCGAUCACUCAUGACUCCUCUGACUCCUCAACCUGUCAGAAGCAUUCUUUUACUGAACUGGUCAACGCUUUACCAUCACAGCGCUAUAGUGACUCUUCCCCUCUCGCUUCAGUGCUCAGUGUGGCUCUAGCCUGUCUGUCGCAUGGUUGUGUCGAACUGAGAUCUGCUAAACUGAUUCGUUGUUUCAAUCUACAGUCUGUGUGUGAUUUGAUCUCUGCUCAGACCAUGUGGUGUGAAUGAGUUGAUUUGAACUGUUUGAUCAUUUGAACUGUUUGAUCAGUGGUGUGACUGGUGAAUCAGUGUGCUCUCUGUGUUUGUCACUCCUGCCUCUGUCCAGGCCCUGUCCAGUUCACCUCUCAGCAUGUAAGGACUGUGUUUGGACUGAUGUGUUUGGUCUUGUGACUGUAUAACUACUGCCUGUAUUAUAUGAAAUUACUAAUUUAUUUAUUUUAAAAUCAGAUUGUAUAUAGAAUAUUUUUUUCUUCAUAGUUGUACUCUACCAGUGGUGGUUAAGAUAUGAUGAAUAGAAUGUUUGAAGUGGGGGGUGAUUAUUUUAAGAUUGUCAAACAGGAGUUUUGAUUUUUUUUUUUUAAGUGCAAAAGAAUUAGCCUAUGUCAUUGGGUCAUAUCGAUAUUACUACUGUAUGGUAAGUGAACCAUUUCCUCUGUUGUUGUAAAGGAGACGGUGUAAGCCAUGUGAGUUGAAAACUCCCUCUGCUGAUUCUGUCUGUAGGUGUGCUGGAUACUGGGUGAGCUCAUGCACCACAUACAGCAGUAUCGCAGAGUGAACUUUAGUGAACAUGAAUAUUUGACAAAGCAGAUCUGGCAUUUUCAUAGACAGCUCCUGCCCAGAAUCGCCCCCACAGACAGAAUUAUCUGGGAUAACUCUGAAGUCACAUCAAGUGUCCUUUUAAAAGGAGGGUCACACUACUUGAAAUCAUUGUUAAAACGUUGUCCUUAUGUCCUGGAAUGGACCCCGUUUAUUUUUGUCAUUGCAGCAUAUUGUUACUGAUGUUGCCAUCAUAACGUUCAGUGUUAAGGGGAAAUGAAAACACCUGUGCGUCUUUCAUGGUACUGUACAUCAGUGGGGGU